AUGAUGCCUGGGGGCUUAUCUGAGACCAAGCCCGCUACUCCAGAAGUCCAGCAUAUUGUUAACCAGGUGAAGCCACAAUUUGAGAGCCGGGAAAACAGGACAUAUGACAUCUUUACAGCCAUAGUAUAUAGGACUCAGGUGGUUGCUGGGAUAAACUACUUUAUUAAGGUCCAAGUUUCUGAUGUCAACUAUGUCCACUUAAGGGUGUUUCAGGGCCUUCCUCAUGAGGACCAAGGUCCCAGUCUUGUCAGUUUUCAGACUGGCAAAACCAGAGAUGAUCCUCUGACGUACUUCUGA